UUCACUGUUACGUUAUUGUAAUGUUAUUGUAACGCUUAUGCUAUAUUUUAUUAUUUUGAUUAGUAUUUCUUCGAAAAAGUCAAGAUAAGCAUUACCAAACUACUACUUGAUGUCUAGCGUCGACCCACACGUCAUCAAUUGAACAAUAGUUUCGACACAACGUCGCCCUGUUUAGAAAAAUUUUAUCCUUUCAGAACGUACUACUUCGACUUACUUAAUACUAUAUAUGAUAGAUGAAAGUUUAUUUAAUAUUACGGUAAAAUGGUGAAGACAUGUAAUAUGUAGAAUUGGUAAAAGCGAACAUCAGGUUAUACGGUACUCGUAUAAUGUAACGGUACCGUCGCUAAAAAUCAUUGUAACAAUUCUUUCUGCGCAUCGCGCGGUAAUCUUAUUUACCAGGUUGUUUUACUUACAAAGUUGAAAAAUGAAUGACAAUAUAAUUUCUUGUCCCAUUUGUUCAAAAGAAUUUUCUUCUGCAGUGAUAGAAAGUCAUGUUAGUAAAUGUUUGUUUUUAAAUGAAUCAACGAGCAAUGAAUCUGCAGUCCCUUUCAAGGAUGAAAGUUUUGGUGGAAAACAUAUAAAGUUGAGUAACAAGAAAACAAAACAGGGUGAUUCAGGAUCAUUAAAGAGAAAAAGUAGUUUAAUGGAAUCAUCUUUUACAAAUACAGAUAAUCAAAUCCCAAAGACUUCAUUUGAGAAUAAUCCAGAAAAACAAGUUAAAAAAGCUAAAGAUGAUCAUGUACCUCUUGCUGAACGGAUGAGACCUACUACACUAUCAGGAUAUGUUGGACAGUCACAUAUUCUUGGGCCAUCUACUGUACUUUACCAAUUGUUAAAUAAAUCUGAAAUUCCAAAUAUAAUUUUAUGGGGCCCACCUGGUUGUGGAAAGACAUCUUUGGCAAAUGUCAUAGCUCACAUAUGUAAAAAUAAAUCAAAUGGUAAAAUGAGAUAUGUUAAAUUAUCUGCAGCAAUGGCUGGUGUUAAUGAAGUGAAAGAAGUGAUCACUAUAGCUUCUAAUGAAUUGAAAUUUAACAGACGUACAGUAAUUUUUAUGGAUGAAAUACAUCGUUUUAAUAAAGCACAACAAGAUGUAUUUUUACCUCAUGUUGAAUCCGGUAUUAUUACAUUAAUUGGAGCUACAACAGAAAAUCCUUCCUUCAGUUUAAAUUCUGCACUUCUGAGUCGUUGUAGAGUUAUUGUUUUAGAGAAAUUGAGUAUACUUAAUUUAACAUCCAUAUUAAAGAAAGCUGUUUCUUCAUUAGAGGGGUCUGUAUUUCAUUCGAGUAAAAAAUUAGAAGAUUCUGAGCAAAUACCAAAAUUCAUAAUAGAUGAACCAACCAUAGAAUGGUUGGCAGGAACAUGCGACGGUGACGCACGAAUAGCUUUAGGUGGUCUUGAAUUAGCAAUUCAAUGUAAGGUACCAAAAGAGGAAGAAUUCUUAGAAAGUGGUCCUGUAACAAUAACAUUAGAUGAUAUUAAAGAAAGUCUUAAGAAGACUCAUAUGUUAUAUGAUAAGAAAGGUGAACAACAUUAUGACAUGAUUUCUGCUCUACAUAAAUCUGUUAGAGCAAGCGACGAAAAUGCUUCUUUAUAUUGGUUAACAAGAAUGAUACUAGGUGGUGAAGACCCCGUUUAUAUUGCACGAAGAUUAGUAAGAAUGGCAUGUGAAGAUAUAGGUUUAGAAGAUCCAAAAGCUUUAGGAAUUGCUAUACAUACUAUGCAUGGUUGUAAAAUGAUUGGAAUGCCCGAAUGUGAUGUCCUUUUGGCACAAUGUACAACAUAUUUAGCAAGAGCACCAAAAUCUAGAUUAAUGGAAGAUGCACUUAGAGCUGCUCAAAGAACAGUUGGUGAUCAUAAAGGACCUCAACCAACAGUGCCUCUACAUUUAAGAAAUGCUCCAACAAAACUCAUGAAAAAUUUAGGAUAUGCUCAAGGUUACAAUAUGAGACAUAAAGAUGCAUCUGGACUAAAUUAUUUACCAGAAGGACUUGAAAAUAUAAACUUUUUUAAUUGUUGAAAAUUGUAUGGGAUGAACAGAAAUUUGAAUAAGAGCGUUGUUAUAGAUUUA